UUUGGUAGCGUCGCCAGCUCAGGAAAUAAUAGCGCAGCAACGGCCCCCUCAACCACAAGUGGCGGUGGUUUGUUCGGCGGCACAGCACCAGCAGGAGGUGCAUCCACGUCCAAGCCUGCUGAAACUGGCGCUGGUACACCACUUUUUGGGGGCGCAGUUGCAGAUACGAAGCCGGUGAGUGGCGGGCUUUUCGGAGGUUCUAAGCCUGCAGCAGGUGGUGAUGGGCUUUUCGGAGAUGCGAAGCCUGCAGCAGGCGGUGGCCUCUUUGGAGACACCGCGAGCAAGCCUGCGGCACCUACUACCGGUGGGCUCUUUGGAGGCUCAACUUCUGCCGCACCCAAGACGGAUAACGAAGCAGGCAAGCCGGCAGCAGCGACUAGUGCAGGGGGUCUUUUCGGCGGUGGUGGUGGUGCCGCACCCGCAACAGGGGGGCUGUUUGGAGGAUCUGCUGCAUCUUCCACGACGACUGCCGGGGGUCUUUUCGGCGGUGGAGCUCCUUCUGCAGCAUCUGGGACAGCCUCUACUUCAUCCGGCGGAGGUCUUUUUGGCGGCACCACCGCGGCACCCGCGACUGGCGGUUUGUUUGGAGGAGGUGCUGGAACUAUUGCGCCGGCUGCAGUCUCCGGCGGCUUGUUCGGCGCAGCACCAAUUUUGUCCGCCCCGGCGAAGAAAGUAGAGCCAAACGACAGCAACCAACCGCCUCAGCUCGGGAACAAAAACCAGCUCACCUCCGGUUUGCUCCCGCUGCCGGAUAGCACGA